AUGGCUAGGUUAUCCGGUCUCCAGAGAGAUGUUCUGUCUCUAUACCGAAAAUGCCUACGGGAGAUCCGAAAUAAGCCCGAGGUGGGUUAUAUCACCUCAUCGCAGAUGGGAUACAGCGCAGAGUUCCAAAAGCACCUGUCGGUGAAUAAGAAGGACUUUAGCACCGUUGAAUAUCUCUUGCGCAAAGGCCAUCGACAGCUCGAGUUAUAUUCUACCCCAGGAAUCCGCAAUAUCCGAUGA